AUGUCUUUUUCUAAUAUUUUCUCUGAUUGGUACACGACCAUUUCGCAGGUUAUGUCUACCACAAAUACAGAACUCGACCACGAUGUUCCUCCAUCGGGCCGGCAGGAGUCUUUACCAGCAGUGGCCCACGGUCAAGUCAAGGAAACGCCAUCCUACUCCGACAUGGAAAGCUUUCUACCAAAUGUGCUCGAACUCCUACAAAGUCCGCGACAAGCCAAUCAGCCCUUCGACUUCCACUGUACUAUAUGCAUGAAGAUGCUUGACAUUUCAGACAGCGUUGGCAAGCUAGUUGCAGGGAUGCAAUCCAAAACCCAGUCACAUAGACCAGGAACGGAUGAGAUGGCCGACGAAGGAGUGAGAACAUCCAGCGUCCCAAAAUCGCUCCCAGAUUUUUACGACGCACAUGACUUGGAGGAGACUUGUGUCCUGCCGUGCGGUCAUAUUCUAGGUUAUUCGUGUGCCUUUAAAUGGCAAUUGAAGAACCACAUGCUCCCGGAGUCUCAGCAGCAUCGUCAUAGCCCACACAAAAAUGGUCAUCUGCAUUGCUUGCUUUGCGGGCCUCAGCGAUUUGAAGAUUGUGGCCAUUCAUUACAAAUGAUCGAUGUAAGACCGUUGAAGGGAUUUCUACCUCGCUAUCCAGGGAAGAGCGAUAUAGCAUCAACUCUCUCGCGUCUCAGCAUGGAAGAGUGGAGGUUUGAUCCGCUCAGUGCCCUCGAGGCACGUGUACCUUUGACUAAGCCUGAAGGCGGAGUUACGCCCUCAUCUUGUCUUCAAUGUAACCGUACGAGACUUCGAUAUAUCACAAAUGUGGAUUGGCAGCCUAUAUGCCGGCUGUGCCUUCCCGGGCCAUGGAAAGAUCGUGAUGGCAGAGGUGUUUUCGAGACCAAGAGAGGCCACGAUCACAUGCAGCUUCGAACAGAGUAUCUUGACAGCGCUUGGGCAGAGAACAUCCUGGAAGUGGCAAAUAUCGUGUGGCCACAAUCAGCUUCGAGGGACCCAGUGAAAGUGGCGAAAAUUGAGCACGUACACAGGGAGGCCCGCGAACUAUUUGUGCGGGAGAUGCUCGGUGAACGCUACAGAGAGUUCCGAGAACGUUUUUGGCGACGCUGCAGCCAAGGUCUGCCCUCUUACGCAUUCAAAACAUUGAUCGGUCCAAGGGACGUUGAUCGGAGUUUUGCGGAUAAGGCUCUGGCGCGCAAGGAACACGUCUAUGAACAGUCACGUAGGGCAAUGAGUCGAGCAUCCCCGGGAUGGCACGAUGCGCAACAAUUCCCGACUGGGUGUAGGUAUUGUUCGGAAAGCAUUCCGGUGCCGAUGGGUUUCUCGGGUCGCUCGGGCUAUCAAAGCGCUCAUGAGCGUAUCGCCGACAAUCAAUUUCACCCAUUCUUUCCAUGCCAGGAAAGACAAUACACACCAGCAAGAGGCUGA